GAUUGUGCAAUUAUGCGAUUAUACAAUUAUACAAUUGAAAUUAGUAAUCUGUAUCUAAAAUUAGCGAUUUAUAUUAAAAAACUAGCAAUCUACAUUAAAAGGCUGGUUUUUGUCACUUUUUGUCUCAAAAAGACACCAUACCUUGGGUUGUAUCUGACAUUUAUCUCCAGGUUUUACCCCUACAUACAUCUCCACAUUUUGGGGACCGGGAAUGAAAAAUGUUUGAGCUCAGCCCCUCUAGACCUUUGGGACUAGUUAUUACUGCGCCAUCUAGUUGCGUUUGCCAAUGAGGCUAAAAACUACCCGAUUUAGACGAAUCGAAAAGAAUAUCUAUCUAGAUAGAUAUAUCUAAUCUUAGUGAUGAUAUAAUUUUAAUACCUGAUUUUGAUAUAUCCAAACUAAAAUAUUUAUUUUCCAACCAAUCCAAUAUGAUUCAACAAUAAUGUCCCAACAAUUUCUCGCCAUGUUACAACUACGCCGCCCAAAAGCUCGGUUUGAGGGUAUUUAAAGUUGGAAACAUUUAAUGCAGCAUCAAGAGUCAAAUAUCAGAGUACUGCAGCUCUGUUUGAGUUUGCAAACUGCUAAAUCUAUAAAAUCGCAGUCAACGACGCUAUGGCAAGCUUUCUACCUCUAAAAUCGCUAGUUUUUGCGACCGGCAUCGCAGUCACAAUCGGUGUAUUUCACACCAGUGUUCAAAAUUUGAUCAUCAACACAGUCACCGGGCCCGGCAGCUACUCGCGCAUAGCUAUUGCUAUCUUACUUCUUGGGAAUCUUAAAAAUCUCCCAGGAGUCUGGCACUACCGAGUUUUGAAGGGCCUAUUCCAACACGUCAUUUUCAGUAAGCGAUACAUUCCCGCAGAGCUAGGCCCUGCAUCUCUCUUUCUUCCUAUCAUCAACCCCUCGCAUUCCACGCUCUGGGAAUGCGACUACAAUGCCCAUAAAUCGAACUCGACGUACUUCUCCGAUCUUGAUGUCACACGUGCACAUCUCGUUGCAUGCUUGCUACAGCCUGGUAUCGAUGCAUUAAGAAACAACAAGAAGACGGGGUUGGUGCUCGAUGCUAAUGGGAAGAAGAUGAGGGGACGCUGGGGUAUCAUCUUGGGAGGUACGAGCUGUAGUUUCAGAAAGGAAGUUGCCCCGUAUGGGUCGUAUGAGAUGUGGAGUCGGUUGUUGUGCUGGGAUAAGAAGUGGAUUUAUAUUGUUACGCAUUUUGUGAAGAAAGGGAAGGUUAAGCCUAAGGGUUAUGUUUUGGGGGAUGGGUCUUGGUUUGGUGGACGCAAUGCUAGGUUCGUGGCGCAGGAAGAAGAUGCAGAUAAUAUUGAGGAGAAGUAUAUCUUGGCUACUGGCAUUAGUAAAUACGUCAUCAAGUUGGGUAGAAUGACGAUCCAUCCUGAGGUGUUAUUAGCUUCGAGUGGGCUUUUGCCGGAGAAACCAGGUGGAUGGGCUACUAUGAGUGUCUCCGGGGAAUCAACUGCUCUUCUUGUUGGUGAAGCUGCAAAAGCUAAAGACAAGCAGAAUGAAAUUGCCGAAGGACCGGGUGCCUGGACAUGGGAGAAGACCGUUGCGGAGAAUGAGAAAGGGUUGAAAUAUGCAGAGCACUUUGCUGCACUCGAUGGGCUGACUGCAGAAUUCUCGGGUAGCAAGGCUCCUGCAUUGGGUAAAUUCAAAGAUUUGUUGUAGAAUAUGAUAGGGGCUUGGUAUCUCAAGUAGAUGGAGGGAAAUAGCCAGAUCUCGGGACCGGAAAAGGGAAGCGGCGAUAGAGAAAUAUGUAAAACCUGCUAGUCUCUUACUCAACACGCACUAUUCAGUAGGAAAUGCGCAAGAUGUUGGGGUAAUUAAUGGAUGUAUCGCUGUCUUUGAGCCUGCAUCGUUCACCGUCUUGUCCUCGACUGGUACAUCUAAUUUAUGUAAAGCAGUCAGGAGGCGCGUGAGAUGUUUCGUUUUGGUAGAAGGUGCAUCUACCGCUUUGUCUUCUGGGACUCGGGGAGAUGCUCAGUGGCAUGAUUGAUAAUAUUUGUAGAGUUGACAUUCGAGAUAUUGACUUCUAUCUAACAAAACCCACCCAAUACUCAAACUCAUACCUAAUUCA